CUAUCGAGCACUCACCGACUCACUCGAGAGCUAAUACAGUCCACAGCCAUGGCGGCGAUCUUCACCACCCGGCGCACUGUAGCCUCCCUUGUCUCUCGCGCUCUCUCUUCAUCCUCUUCUCGAUCUCGAUUCGCUCUUCCUCUCCUCCACAAACACCCCCAACUGGUCCCCAACUCAGUAUCGACGAUCCCAACUCGGUCCAAGACCUCUGGCUACUCUCCCCUCAACGACCCAUCUCCGAACUGGAGCAACCGGCCCCCCAAGGAGACCAUUCUUCUUGACGGCUGCGACUACGAGCACUGGCUCAUCGUCAUGGAGUUCCCCUCCGACCCCAAACCCUCCGAAGACGAUAUGAUCAAUUCCUACGUCAAUACCCUUUCUCAAGUCCUCGGAAGUGAAGAAGAGGCGAAGAAGAAGAUCUAUUCGGUUUGUACGACUACGUAUACUGGGUUUGGGGCUUUGAUCUCUGAAGAGCUUUCCUACAAAGUUAAAGGGCUUCCUGGUGUUCUGUGGGUGCUGCCUGAUUCAUAUCUUGACGUUCCUAACAAAGAUUAUGGAGGGGAUUUGUUUAUCGAUGGGAAAGUCAUUCAUAGGCCGCAGUAUAGGUACAAUGAGAGGCAACAAACCAGGAACAGGCCUCGCCCACGGUACGAUAGGCGUCGGGAGACAAUGCAAACCGAAAGGAGGGAGCCAUUGCGAAGAGGGGCUGGGGCCCAAGAUCAGAGGGGACCUAUGCAGCAACAGGUAUCAAUGGAUGGCCAGAAUAUGUCUGAGAGUGGUGGAGGACCCUCUGUGCAUCAGGGCGGUUCUCAGGGGAGCAGUGCCUGAUAAUUAAUUAGUCAACUAUCAGAAUUUUGAACUUAUUGAAUCGUGUGAAGGUUGGGUGUUCUUUUUUUCUUUCUUUUAAAGUGGCCUGGCUUCCCCAGCAUUGCUAUGUAUGCUUAACGUGGAAAGUUUUAUUUGUCUAACCUCUAUAGAUGGGUGAAAUGUGAAUAUUUUCUAGGUCAUUUCUUAUUGGAGCUAUUCUACAUAUUUACAAAAUGAAGCUCUUCAUUGAACUGCCUACUAAAUUAUCAGCCUGUUUUGUCAUUAGUGGUUGCUGCCACAAAUCAGCAUGGAAUUAACUUA